AUGGGGUCCAAAGACAAAUCGAGCUUCAAGGUGGUCAUUGCCGGCGGCAGCAUCAGCGGCCUAACGCUUGCCAACAUGCUUCAAUUGUACGGCAUUGAUUUUGUGGUACUUGAGGCAUGGCACGAAAUGACACCCCAGGUGGGAGCCAGUAUUGGUAUGCUACCACAUGGCAAUAGGAUUCUAGAUCAGCUUGGCCUGUAUGAGAAAGUCCUAGAGUUAUGUCCACCACUGGACUCCAUGCACUUCCGUGAUCAUACUGGCAAGAUUAUUCACGAAUUCAAAGGCAUGAAUAAGUCUAUGCAUGAAAGGUUCACUAUAUAUUUGCACCCACAUGCUAAUUCGCGGCACUGGAGACACGGGUAUCCGAUCACAUUCCUCGACAGACAAAUGGUACUCAAGGUCCUAUACGAGAAUGUCGAGGAUAAGUCAAAGAUUCUCAGCAGCAAGCGUGUUAACGAGGUGGAGAUGACAGACAGCGGAGUAAUUGUCAAGACUGUCGAUGGCUCCGCGUAUGAAGGUGAUAUCCUAGUUGGUGGUGACGGCAUUCACAGCACUGUCCGCAGCGAGAUGUGGCGAAUUGCCAAUUUGGAGCUUCCCGGAUGGAUCCCUGCCAACGAGAAACAGAGUGUUCCUUGUGACUUCGGGUGCGUCUUCGGCAUAUCCAACCCUUGUCAAGGCAUUGAACCUGGGGCAUUCAAUUCAAUCUUCCGGAAGCACCAGUCGUACAUAGUUAUUGGUGGUCCAAAGGGUCGAGUCUAUUGGUUUUUCUUCUUCAAGUUGCCCACGCGACUACAUGGAGACGCCAUCCCCAAGUACACCAAGCAAGACCAUGAUCAGGUGCUCAAGGAGGCAGAGAACAAUAACAUCACACCAAGCUUGAAAUUCAAAGAUCUUUUGAACAAGAAGAUAUCCUCUGUUCUUGUUCCCUUGGAGGAAUAUGUAUUCCGCCAGUGGCAUUACAAGCGCAUCAUCACCAUCGGCGACUCCGCACACAAGAUGCACCCUAUUACUGGUCAUGGAGGCAAUGCCUGCAUCGAGUCAGCCGCCGCCUUGGUCAAUGGCCUUGUUAAGCUGCUCAGCCGGGCUGCUGGAGGCGGCUCAAAGCCAUCUUUGGAUGACAUCGAUGCGCUCUUCGCCAACACUCAGCAAGCCCGUCAAGCCAGGGCCACGGUUCUCAAAGGCCACUCUCACGAGCAACAAAGACUCGAGCUCCUUGACACCCCUUUACAUAAAUUUAUAGCUCAUUAUGUGUUGCCAAUGAUGGAUAAAGAAGAUGUCACUUUUAAUUUCUCCCGCAACCUACCGUUAGCAGAAAGGCUGGAUUACCCCAAGCCCAACCACCAAGCAAAGCUUGUUCCUUACAAGGACGAGCUUCUGAGUACUCCCACUCCACGAGGUGUCAAGAAGUGGCUGUGGGUUGGCUUCUAUCUUGCUGUUGCUGCCCUUGUACACUACGGCAUGUGGGUUUGGUCGGCCUAUUAUGAGCUCGGUCCACAUCUUGUGUCUAUUAUCGAGUCAGGAAGCUUCGACGGACAUCCCAAGUUUGAACUGCAGCGCAGAUUCACGGGCAUUGGCCCUAUUGAUGACUACCUACAGUUCCUCACGGCAAUCUUCAUUCCAGGCAUCAAUGAGUGGGAUCUGAAUUACGGAACCCUAUCACGGUAUUUCCUCUUUGGCCUUAUCCAACCUAUUGCGGUGUGGACGGUCGAAGCCUUCCGCAUCCGCAACAAGAUAACACUGCUUUCACUGUGGCCGCUUGUUAUCUUCCUUAUAGUCACUCAAUGUGCCGGCAUUGGCACCUGGAUGCCCAUAUAUUACGCCUUCUAUACGCUCGUGUCUGACCCUGAGACCUAUUGGUGGCCUCUCAAUCGAGUGGUGCCCAUCGAGUAUGCGGUCUCUGCGACUUGGGCCCAACUUGGAUACAUUGUGCCUACUAUUCUCAUGUUUUACCCCUGGAAUAAUCCAACUUUGCAGCAGAGCUUCGAAGCCUUGUGGCAACCAUCCCCCUUCAUUGCUCCGCUCCUCUGUGCCGUCCUUGGAUACUUGGAUCCCAAAAGGGAUAACACCAAGGUUGCGCUACGCAAGGUGAACGAGGCUUUAGAAGAUCUCCGUUACUUAAAGUUUCUAUAUGGCGCCAUGGCUUCCAUUGGCGUAUUUCAGCAUGUCUAUAUCCUCGCCAGGAUCUGGUUCUCUACUGAGAUGACUGUGUCCUCUGUCUUCUGGCCCGACUUCUCACCGCAGCCCAAGGAACUAGGUGAAGGGUUGCGCCAGCUCUUCCUCGCAGACUUCUGGGGUUUUCAAAUUGGCACAUACGGCUGGUUAUGUAUGGCUGUCUGCGAUAUCAAGAGAGUCGGAAGAACCCGUGUUCAUAUUGGCAAGGCUAUUAUGUUGAUUACUCUGGGCAGUCUCGUGAUCGGCCCUGGCGCCACAAUGUGCCUUGUCUGGUACUGGAGAGAGUGUGCCAUGGCUAAAACCACAUUUGCCUCGGAUCAUAUCCGAUCGAGCCAUGGAAAGUACGAGCGUUAA